ACGACCAAGGAUGUUUAUCAUAAUUAUGAUGCUCUGUUAAUUUCAAUCCUGUGUUUAAGUGAAAAGAACAGUGAAAUAUUAAAGUAAUGAAAUAACGGUAGACGACAUAACAAUUGGAAAAAAAAGUUUAGAUGAAGAUAUGGAAAAUGAAAAACGAUAUUACACCGAUGCACCUUACGAUAAGUACACUUCUGUGGACAGUGACGUGGACAAUGACGUCAUGUAUUGAUCUUCAGCAAGUGUACUACACGGAUGCAACUUUCACGUGCACAGUGAUGGACCCGCGUGUCACGUGCAACAACAUUUCCGGGAGUACAAAUGAGACCGCGGAAUCUGGAACAUGUGAUUUGAAAAAUAAGCAUGUUGUGAAAAUAGCGUGGCUGCUUUCAAAUGGGAACUUAAUGGAUAAUAAUUCUGAAAACAGUACGAAAUAUACGCUUAUUUACAGCGACAUCUCAUCAAUGUUAACAAUUCACUUCACUGACGACCCGGACUUCGGCGUGUACUAUUGUCUACGAGUCUGGAACGAUUCGUCCUUGACAUUAGAACGUAACACGUUGAACAUCGACGGCCCGGACUGGACAGCGUUUGUGGAGCGUCAGUACCGCAACCUCAUUACGGGAUCCAUCGCGGCCGCCGUCAUGUUGGCCCUCAUCCUUGUCACGUGCCUGGUAUGGCGAUACACGUGCAGCGAACACGUGCGUCGGAAGCGCAAGAUCGUGCAGAACCUUGCCAAGGGCGUGGACAGAUACAGCACGUCGUUUUACGACAACGUUGGAUCUGACCAUUACGUUAAGAAAUCUGAACACUAGAAACACUUUACACUGCUGUAAAAUGGUAUCUGACUAACUUCAUAAUCAAAGAUACGAUUCGUGUUCAUAUUCAUACCACGGAUUUCAUUGUUUUAUACUUUUAUACAUAGGUCUAAAAAUACAUUUGGUUCAGUUCACCCGACCCUACCUACGAAAUAGGCGCCGACCCUACAGUUUUUAUAGUCAAUUGGUAAAAAAAAUGUGUGUGUGUUUUCAUAUGAAGUUUAAAACCUUUAAAGCUUUAUACAGAAUAUUACUUUAAUACGAUACUCCAAUGAUGACGAAAAUGUUCGCUCGACAGCAGCCAACUUUAUACAAUUGGUAAAAGAUUUUGGUUUGGUCAAAAUCACCCAAAAUGAAAUGUUUAUUUAUUGUUCCGUAUUUAACAAAUAACUACAUGUACAACUUACAUACCAUAUCAUUUAAAUUUGAAAACCAGACUAUUUAAAAGAUAGCCUGUUGACGAGAUUUAUACAAUUCGCUGCAGAGGACGAAAAAAAGGACGCAGUAUAUGAUAAACGUUCCAACACAAAUCUGCCAGAUUCAUUAAUUAGUUUAUAUGCAAAAAAUGAGCGUAAUGAGCGUAUGUCCUUUUCAUCAUAUAUUCGCGCCUGGAGUGCAAAUCACUAGCGGGUCCAGGGUGGGGGGCACCCCCCCCCCCCCCUGAAAUCGUCCAAGUUUACUUAUUAUUUCAAUAUAGGAGAAAAAAGUAAUAAAAUACGCCCAAAAUGCACCAAAUCGGACUAAAUACUGUUAUUUUUUUUUCAUGGAGGAGUACCUCCAAUCCCCCUACCACCAAUUCAAAGAAAAUAAAUUUCGGUUCUGAGGGAGGGGCGCAAGUUAAAAGAAUACGCCCCAUAUGCUACGUCCCCUCUAACGUCGAAUCCAGGACCCGCCACUGCAAACUAACAAUAUUGUGAACAUCGCUUUGGACUGGAUCUGUAGGAACACUCAAUUUAAAAUGCAUAACAGUUAUUAAACUGUCUGUAUGCAGAAUUUAAAGAAUCACAUUUAAAGUGCAAUAUGCAUUUUACAACCGUAUCAGUUUUCUAAGAUAUAAAUUAUACUCGUAAUAAUUAUUAAGUCAAUUAAUAUUGUAUACAGCAAUUCGAGAAUUGGGCCAGUAUCGAAUAUAGAUCAAAUCUUAAUAAAUGUCUCGCUUUCUCGUUAUAAAGUACAAAAGAAAUGUUUGUCAAAAACAAAAGGUUAAUUGGGUUGAUUAAGCAUUUAAACGAAUAGAGACCGAUACGGUUACGCUAAACUUUAAACCAUUAGUUGUGUUUAACAUUGCUGUAUUUUCAUUUAUUAAAGGGAAAAAUAAAAAAGAAAAUUAGUCACACCUCCUACCACCGGCCAUGAGCACGGCGGGGACGACCCUACCGGGGCGGACCUGGAUGUCCUCUAAGCCUCCAAACUACGUGUCGCUGCCCACCUUCCGGGCCACGGAGGACGACCGACUCACACCAAGCCCUGACUUAUUCCAGGAUGGACAACAGACCCGGUACGACCCAGAUAUGCCAGGUGGGACUAUUUUCUCCGGUCGAACGUUGAAUACGUUCAAGAAAAAGAAUAAAAAGCCGGGUAUACUCAAGAAAAACGACACUGAUAACAUUCGCCAAGCUCCGCCUGUGCGGUUUAUUGACGAUGAAGACAAUGGUCGGGAAGUUGUUACAACUAACGUCGGAAAGAUUACCUUUAAAACUGCGAAACCAUAUGAAACUAUUGUAGCUGAACGCGAUGCUUUGUUAGAAUCAGAUUCCGCCUACAGCCGAAGGAUCAAGCAGCUAGAAGAAGAAAACGCUAAGGUUUUGCUCGAUUAUGAAAGCGUAUAUAAGGAAAAUAACAUUCUGCGUGAGAAAUUGGAUAAAGGGGAUGACAAUCACGUUGAAUCUUAUCAAAGAGUGUGCGAUGACCGUCAGAUUUUACGAGAAGCCGAAACUGCGUACAAGAGGAGAAUAAACCAACUGGAACAAGACGCAAAAGAGAUGCUUAAAAACUUUGAGUCUCUUUAUUCGGAGAAUAAGGUACUCAGGGACAAGUCAAAGAAGUUAGAAGACAGAUUGAAUUCUAUUGACAGGCUUGAUGAAAUAAAGAAAAUGAACGAGCUGGAAAAGAAGGUCAAACUUCUUGAGAAAACUGUAAGAACAAUGGGUUAUGAAAGAGAAGAGUUGGUAAAGCAAAACAAUGAAAUUGAAAAUCAGAAGUACAAACUUCGAGAAAAAAUGUCAGAUGUUAAAAACAGGAAUAAUUUGUUGGAGACAGAAAACGAAGGCUUGAAGCGAGGUUUUAUGGCACUUGGUAAGAAUGCAGACAAUACGUGGAAAGAACAAGAAAAACAGAAAACAAGACGCCAAGAGGAGGAGGAAAGAAUACUACGCGAAGAGCAUGCACAAUUUAAGAAAGACAUUGAAAAUAUGAACAAGGAAAUCCAUAAUCUAGAGAAGAUUAAUGUAGAGUUUAAGACAACCAACAAUAUGCUGCAGGCGGACAAAGAAGACUUAGAGAACCGGCUGAUAGAUUUGGCUAGAGAGUCAGGAAAGCGAACACCAUCUGGGAUUAAGAGAAAUAAUCGUGAGAUGGCAAAAAUCAGGGAACAGAAGUUGGAAGAACUACAAAAACGUAUGGAAGAGCUUAAAGAAGAAAAUGCUACACUGAAAGCAAAAACGGAUUUAUUUGACAAGGAAAAAGAAUUGUUUGAAAAGAAAAUAGAAGAAGCAAGAAAGCAACCAAGAGAAACUGCCUCGUCAAUCAGGAGAAAGAUGGAAACUGAAAGGGAAAUACGGGAUUUGAAUAUGCACGUUGAUAAUUUCAAAGAAAAGGUUAAACGACUAGAGGUUGAGAAUAAUGAAUUAAAAGAAGAACUGAAGAAAACUGAAGUAGAACUCAAAGCACACAGGCAAGCUGCAAAAGCAAUGGCGGAUGAUAAAGCCAACCAAAAUGAUACACAAGCGAAGACAUUAAAUGAAAAGAUAAUAGAACAAAAUAAUGAAAUAAAGACUCUUACUGAAGAAAAUCUAAAACUGAAAGCUGAUUAUAAUGCUACUAAAGAUAAACUGCAGGAUCAGAUAGAAGUCAUGAAGCGAGAACAUAAAAAUCUUAUGGACGAAAAAGAUUCUCUUCAAGCAAACAUGGAAAAGGCAUCUGGUUCAACACAAGGGAAACUCCAAGAAAUGAAAGAGGAGGUAAAUAACCUUCAAGUUGAAUUACAGUUGUUAAAGCCCAAAUAUGACGAUUUGCACAAGACAAAUGAAGAGCAAAAGGCAGAAAAUAAAACCCUAAGCACUAAGCUAGAAGAGAAUCAACAGGAGCUAGAUCAACUUAAAGAAAGCUUACGAAACAAUAGAGAUAUCUAUAAUGAACUCUCCAAAGAGCGUCGCGAAAAUGCAGAUCUUAAACGAGAGAUACAGGAGCAGAACGAACGAUACAAAACCGAACAGCUGAAACAAGAAGGGGACUUGGAAGAGCUGUUGAAAAAUCAGGAAUUCAUGAACCAGGCACUGGCAGAACAUAAAAUACGUCUCGAUAUGCUGCAACAAGAGAAGAUUGACCUCAAAUCUGAAAACGUUAGGCUUGUUAAGGCUAACGAGCGCCAAGCAAAAACAAUAGCUGAUCUUGAAGUAGAUAUGACUAAAGUAGCAGGAGACAGUUCAUCGAAACAAAAAGCCAUCGAAGAGGAGUUGGAAGCACUCAAGAAGGAAUUUAAAAAGACUGAGAAAGAACUUUUCGAAGCAAAGCAAGAGGUCCAAAUUGCAAAGAACGAAAAGGAGAACCAGAUCAACAAACUUAUGAAACAACUUGAUAAGCUUAAGAAAGAAAGAGAAAUUGAAACACAAGAACUAAAAGAUCAAAGCGACCAACUUAAGUCAGAAGUAGCCAGGUUAAAGGUGUUUGAAGAGAGGAUAAGGUCGAUGGAGUCGAAUUUGAAGGAACUGGUGAGUAGAUUACGAGAAAGUGAAGAAAGGAACAAGAAACAAACAAAUGAAAGACUCGCUAGUCUUCAAUAUGUUGUUACUGAAAUGAAAAGUGAGAACCUUGCCAACAGGAUACGAGCUGCUGAAAACGAACAGAAUGAAUUGGAAAAACACAGAUUAGAACUUGAAAUCAAACAAGAUGCAAUUAAUGAAAUACGAAAACUGAAAGAGGAAAAUCAUCGGUUAAUGGGGCUUUUAGAAGACAAGAGAGCGGCAGAAGAAGCGCAAGAUGAAUGGACCAAAAAGAGGAAUAAAUUUAACGAAAUAGUAGCACAGAAUAACAGAUUACAAGACGAAAAUAAACGUUUACUUAACUUGUUUGAAAAUAGCCAGGCAGAGAACAUGAAAAAAGAUUUACAAAUAAAAACAGAAAAACUGAAACUUCUUGAGUCAAAGUUUCAAGAGUUUACCACUGAAAAUGCGAAUCUAAAGAAGAUAAUUGAAGAAAAAGAGAUUGAAAACAAAAGGAUUGGUGAAAAGGCUGAUCGUUCCAACAGGAUACAGCAGGAAAAUAACAAACUAGUUGCAGAAAAUAAACGACUAAGAGAAGAAGGUAUGAAGAAAGAUUCGAUGAUAUCUUCCCUAAAAGAAUUAGAAGUUACUAAAUCGAAGUACAUGGAUGCUGCUACCAAUAAUCAACGUUUGUACGAGGAAAAUAUGAGAUUGCGGGAGAAUUUAGAAAAGUCAAAGGAUUACAAAGCGGAAUUUGAAAAGGCGAGAGAUAAAGAAAAGAACGCGGCCACUAAACAAGCGAGGUUCAUCGAGGAAAACAUACUACUAAAAAAUACGUUACAAAUAAAAGAAGCCGAGUGGCGGCGUGAAAUAGAAUUGCAGAAAGACCACAUUAACAAUCUACAAGUUAAAAAUAAACGUCUUACAGACGAGCUUGCAAAAUUUAAAUUAGACCUUGCUAAGAAGGAUGACAUCAUUAUCAAACUGAAAGAUCUUGAGUCAGCCAGUGGAAAACUGAAAGAUGCGAACGUUAAUGCAAAUCGAUUGUACGAAGAGAACCAGAGGCUAAGAAAUCUUCUAGAGAACGCCCAGAGCGCUGGCUGGAAAGGCAACUUUCAGAACGUAAAAUCGAUGUCUCCAGAAAAGAAAUAUCGCCAAACUUCAGCAGCAACAGCUGCCGUGUAUGUGGAGUCGAACCCAGAGAAUGAGAAAAGUUCUGCAGGCAAAAAGCGGGAGAAACGCCUAAAGGAGCGAGCAGAGAAACCUAUUCCUGAAGAUGAAGAAGUAUCUGUGACGCCUUCCAGUCAAGGUCGAGUGGAAAGUCGGAUGAAAAUUAAGUCACUACUUCCAGAUAUAAAGAAGGAAGGCACCGGGCUUUCCUAUGGUAUGGGAUACCAAGAUCUUCACAAUAAAUCGAAAAACCUAAAAGGACAAAAGUUAAUAGAAGAGCUACAAAAAGAUGCGGUCGCACUGAGAUCACAUAUUGAAAAGAAAGACAGCGAAAUAAGAAGCCUGAAAGAAGCGCUAGAAGAACAGAAGCCAGAGACAAGAAGACUUAUUGAUGAAAAGGAAACACUGAAAUCUGAGGUAGCUCGAUUGAAGAAGGAACUGGACGUCAAAUCUAUUGGAGAUAGCCUUACAAGGACCAAUCAGCUUCAAGAACAAAACCGGCGACUGGUUGGCGAGAAUUCGCGACUGCGAGAAGAGAUCAGUGUAAGAGAUAUUGAACUAGCAAACCGUGGCGCGCCUGGUUAUCAAAUGGCACAGUUUGUUGAUGUAGGUAAAGACAAAACCAUAGAAGAUAAACUGAAGAUAACACUAGCAGAAAACCGGCGCCUUUUGGAAGAAAACAAUCGACUUCGAGCGGCUUUAGAGGAGACUCAUGUCGCUGAUACGAAAAGCCGGUUUAAGGACCAGUCGGUGACGGGUUCGAUGAUUGAUGGUUUUAGGCAAGCAGCAAAAUCCUCCAAGUCUCAGUGGGCGUCGUCUAGAAACCAAAAACUGAAAAAGGAUGGGAUAAGAAAACAAACGAACGUCACUGAUGAGAUGAAAAUGUUAAAGAUUGAAGAACUCGGCAAUGAGCGCAUUUUACAAAGCCACACUCAAUCAACUACGUGUUUGUAUCCGAAAAUGGGUAAACAGAAGAGCCAGAACGUAACGUUGGUGGAUAAGCCAAAAGUGAUAAGUGUAGACUACCAACUACUUGUCGCCGAGCGAGACGAUCUCCUAGAGUCGGAACAAGGUUAUAAACGCCGUCUAGAACAACUAGAGAAAGAAGCAGGUGACACACUGAAGAGCUUUGAUGUGCUUUACAACGAGAAUAAGAUAUUGCGGUCAAAAUUGGAGACACCUGAUGGAGCGCAAGUUGAUAGCAUCGAGUCUUACAACACGGUUCAUAAAGAUAGAGAACAUCUGCGAGAGGCGAAUAGAGCUUUUAAGAGAAGGAUUCGUCAGCUGGAGAAUGACAUCGGUGAAGAACAAGCAAAGUAUAAUGACCUAUACUCCAAAAAUCAAUUGGUGACGCAAAAGGCUCAGUUAGAGACGGAAUUCGCAACUCGUGCUCGCGAUGAGAAAAUUGAUGACCUUGAAAGGGAUCAUGAUGAGAUGUCAGAAAAGUUAAAAAUGUUUCUGAAGGAAAGAGAACAGUAUGAAUAUAGAAUUGCUGAAAUGGAAAAGGAAAGGAAUGAACUACAAAACAAAUAUGAUUUCCUAGCUGAGGAAAAACAUGAAUUCCAACUCCGAUGUGAUAUUUUACAAGCUGACAGGGAAAAACUAAAAGAAAAGGUAGCUGACAUAGAAGAUAAAAUUCCAGAUCCUGAAAUCAAAGCCAAAGAGGAGCAACAGUUCCUGGCACUGCAAGCACAGGUUGCAGCAUUACAAGUAGCAAAUACAGAUGGAAGUAAAGAAAUACAUAAACUACACGAGGAAAUUCGCGUCUUGAAUAAACUGAAGAAAGAUCGAGUAGAAAUGAUUGACAGAGCUUCAAGUGUAAUUGUAGAUAAAGAAGUUGCUGAGCGGCAGAAAAUAGAACAAGAAGAAAAAGACACUGUUACACAUGAGCUGGAGGAGCAAAAGAAGAGGGCAAUAUUUGUUCUAAAAGAGAACGAUGAAUUGAAAUCAAAGAAUGCUACUCUUGAAGUACGCCUUGAAACACUAGAAAAAGACAAUGGCGAGCUAAGGAAGGAAUUAAACAUUAAACAGGCAGAAAUUGAAGAUUUAAGGGUUCAUGUCAGAGGUGGCGAUAGUCUGAACGAAGAAUACUUAGCAUUAGAAGAACGGUUCAAAGAUUUGAGAGCUGAAAAAAAUGCGCUGGAAAACGAACUAGUUCAAGAAAAGAAAAUGGCAAAACUUACUAAUAUGGAGCAAAAGAACGAAAUAGAAAAUCUGAAAAAUAAGCUCAAUGAAACCGAAAAAAAUAAUAUGAAGAACGACAGUGAUAUUCAAAGGUUACAAAUCGACAACAGCUCUUUAAACAAGGUGACGGAGGCACAAGCUCUUGAGCUAAGGAAUAUGAAGAAGCAGCUGGAACAGAUUCAGCGACUUUUGGACGACAGAACGGAAAAAUAUGAAGAAAUGAAGAAAGUAGAAAAAGAAUCACAGCAAGAAUUAAGAGAGUCACGAAUAACCCUUCAUGUAACCAGACACGAACUUGACAAUUUGAAAUUGGAGAAAGCAGGACAUUUUGAAACUCUGAGGGGAGAAAUGGAAACUGCUAAGACACAAAGGCAAGAAGAAACUGAGCAAAUGAGAAAGGAAACUAUCAGACUGCGCGAGGAGGUGAAACUUCUAAAAGAUUAUGAAUACAAGAUAACAACGAUGGACUCAGAAAUAAGACGGUUGAUGAACAGGUUGAGAAUGUCAGACCAGUUCAUAAAACUACCGAAGAAGGUUCCGAAGAAAGAUGGUGAAGUUGAUGAAGUUACUGACCUUAAAAGAAAGCAGCGGAUAUUGGAAAGGGAAAAAAUACAGUUGCUACAAGAAAAGAAGCAAUGGGAAAUCUUAAAAGAGAGAUUUGCUGAGCUUCAAAAUAAAAACAAGAGAAUUACAGAAGAGAACAAACGAGUAAGAGGGGACCUCGAUGGCACUCAUUACAAAGUUGAAACACUUGAAAAACGAUUUCACAAAAUGAAUUUGAAAACAGACGAUAUCGAUGACCCAAACAGGAUUCAGAAAGCAACUUACGUGGAAAAACCUGAGAGAAGAGAGAUCCGCUUGGUAGCAAAGAAACGAUCAGAUCACAAAACAAAGUCAAGCGUGGCAACAAAGCCAAAGCUUCAAGCCAUCUUUGAGAAUGAAAGGCCAAAACUUAACCAAGGAACUGUUGGAUUAUCUGCAAAACGUGGUCUUAAACCUCUGGCAUCAAAGAUUCAUAAGACUUACGACAGAAAAACAACCAAAACCUCGCUAAAUAUAAACGAAGAUAUGAGGUCUAAGAAACCAAGUCUUCCAGGUUUAGAAUCAAACGAGCUGAAGUUCGGAAAGGGCUAUGCUGAUUUACACAAAAACAAAUACAAGACAAAUGCAACACUGGGUUUGCUGUAACACCCAACAGUCCAAAGGCUUACUGCUAAAUUGAGAAAAUAGUAAAAUGGACUAUACAUUUACCUAAUAAACAUAAUUAUUCAAGUGAGGUUAAAGGGUUGAGCCAAGUUGCCAAAUUAAAAACGGAUAACCUCUUUAGUGUAAUAAGGUUUAGGCCAAACAGACACGAGUUAUUUAAGGGACUUGAUACGUUUUUGUUAAAUGCAAUUUUUCUGUAUGAGGAAUUUUAAAGUCUAGCAAAUCAUUAGGGGUGUUAAAAAUAUAAUACUGAUGGCGAUACUAAUAACGCAAUUAAAAAAAGGCUUAAAGGUUUAGUUAUGUUUGUGUACGAGUUCUUGUGCUUGUGUGGUUUUGUUGACCAUUUUCUAUUUUUUCUUUGACUUUUCCGUUGGGUACACACCUCAAUAAAACCAGAACAUUA